CCAGGGUAGCCUCUGAUUGGUCCAGGCCCUUAGACCUAGGGAACUCGAAUGCAAGGCCUCAGUGCUUCACGGCCACGGCCCCCCCACUUUGGAACGCCGAGAGCUGCCGGGCCUCAGAACAACCCGCGGCAGAUAUUCGCGAAUGAACUUGGUCCCAGUAUGGAUCCAGGUGGUGGAAGUCUUGGAUUGCAGACGCAAGAAUCCAAAGUGCCCCAUACUAUGAUAAUGCAGGAUUUGGUGUCUGGAAUGGCUGGUACUGCCCGUAUCGACGGAGACCAUAUUUUUGUAUCAGUUCCUGAAGCCCUAUUAGUUUCUGAUGUUGUCACGGAUGAUGGGAUAAAUCUUGAACAUGGCCUUGCGUCUGAAGUUGUCCAAGGGCCUGAUAUCGUCACAGAAAAUGAUUUUGUAACAGAAGGUGUGUUUGUUCCUGAACCUGUUCUGGAAGCUGAUAUUGCCAUUGAAGAAAUUUUAGAUAUUAGUGAUCGCAUUUUGACUUCUGACCUAAUAACAGAAACUGUUAGAUUACCUGACCAGAUUUUUGUGGCUGACCUUGUUACUGGUCCUGAAGGACAUCUGGAACAUGUGGUCCAGGAUUCUGUGUCAGGAGCUGAUUCUCCCACAAUAGCAUCAGAGGAAGUUCUUGUAACCAAUUCAGAUACAGAAGCUGUGAUCCAAGCAGCCAGUACUCUUCCUGGUUCUACAGUUGCUAUAAAAACUGAAGAUGAUGGUGGCAAGAGCACUUCUGAAGACUACUUAAUGAUAUCUUUGGAUGAAGAUGCAGAGAAACUAGACCAAAUUGCAAACCCACCAGUAAAAAUCAACACUGAAGCUUCCAAUGAUGAUGUCUCUAAAGAAGAUGGGUUUGGUUCAGAAGUUAUAAAAGUGUAUAUUUUUAAAGCUGAAGCUGACGAUGAUGUGGAAAUAGGUGGAACAGAAGUUGUUACAGAGAGUGAUUUCCACAAUGGACAUUCUGUCCCUGGAGUACUUGAACAGCAGGGAUGUGUUGGCCGAAUGCAGCAGGAGAAGAUGGUUUACAUGGCAGUUAAAGACUCAUCUCAUGAGGGUGAAGAUCUCAAUUGUGCUGAAAUAUCUGAUGAAGUUUGCAUGGAAGUCAUUGUAGGGGAUGAGGAAGCCCCUGCUCUUCCUGAGGCCCAGCUGGAAGACUCUGAUGUGAAUAAAACAUUUGUUCCUGUGGCCUGGGCUGCAGCAUAUGGAGAUGAAAGUCUUCCCCAGAGGUAUGAAGAAUGUGAGGCAUCAGGCAAUAAUUUGGAGACCAGAUUAGAAAAUAAAGAUGGUACCUCAGCACAGUACCUUCAGAUUUGUGAUAGUGUUAACUCAAAUAAGGCACUUAAACAGAAGUCCAAGAGAAGGAAACGGGGAGAAAGCAGGCUAUGGCAAACAGCUAUUAUAAUUGGUCCUGAUGGGCAGCCCUUGACUGUAUACCCUUGCUAUAUUUGUGGGAAGAAGUUUAAAUCCAGAGGAUUCUUGAAAAGACACAUGAAGAAUCAUCCUGAUCAUAUGAUCAAGAAAAAAUACCAAUGUACAGAUUGUGACUUCACAACUAGUAAGAAAGUAAGUUUUCAUAACCACUUAGAAAGCCAUAAGCUUAUAAAUAAAGUUGAUAAGACCCUUGAACUUACAGAAUACACAAAAAGAUACAAAGAAGCUAGUCCGCUGAGUUCAAAUAAACUUAUAUUAAGAGACAAAGAAGCUAAAAUUUAUGAAUGCAAAUUUUGUGACUAUGAAACUGCAGAAAACGGACUGCUGAAUAGACAUUUGCUUGCUGUUCAUAACAAAAAUUUUCCUUAUGGUUGUGUUGAGUGUGGGAAGGGAUUCCGGCACCCCUCUGAACUUAAGAAGCACAUGAGGACCCAUACAGGGGAAAAGCCAUACCACUGUCACCACUGUAUCUUCCGGUGUGCUGAUCAGUCAAAUCUGAAAACUCACAUGAAAGCCAGACAUGGCACUGUCUUACCAUAUAAAUGUGAGCACUGUCCUCAAGCUUUCUCUGAGGAAGCUGAGCUCCAGCAGCACCUGGAAUUAUUCCAAGGACAUAAAACACACCAUUGCCCUCAUUGUGACCACAAGAGCAGCAAUUCAAGUGACCUUAAGCGACAUAUCAUUUCUGUCCAUACUAAAGAUUUCCCUCACAAAUGUGAAGUGUGUGAAAAAGGCUUUCAUCGUCCUUCAGAGCUCAAAAAGCACGGUGAAACCCAUAAAGGUAAAAAAGUCCACCAGUGUAGACACUGUGAGUUUCAAACAUCUGAUCCCUUUGUGCUCAGUGGCCAUAUCCUCUCUGUUCACACUCGAGACCUUCCUUUCAAAUGUAAAAAGUGCAAGAGAGGAUUUAGGCAGCAAACUGAACUUAAGAAGCACAUGAAGACCCAUAGUGGAAGGAAAAUUUAUCAGUGUCAGUAUUGUGACUACAAUACUACAGAUGCCUCUGGCUUUAAGCGACAUGUUAUCUCCAUACAUACAAAAGACUACCCACAUAGAUGUGACUACUGCAAAAAGGGAUUCCGUAGGCCAUCAGAAAAAAAUCAACAUAUAAUGAGACACCAUAAAGAGACCGUUAUAUAAAAUUAUAUAUAUAUAUAUAUACACACACACAUAUAUAUUACAUAUAUACAUAUAUAUAUAUAUAUGUAUAAAUAAGAAAGGAGUUUAGAGACUAAGAUACAUUAAUUGGAGAAAAAGAAAACCUCAUGAACUGUUUCUCCUGGUUCCAAAGUUUGAUAUUAAAUCAUAACCUUACAUUCUUUGUAUUAAAAGUCAUAAAAAAAAAAAAAAAAAGUCUUAGGGUUGCCAGUGAUCUGAUAGCCCUGAGAGUUGCUCAUCACAGCUUGAGCACCGUAGACAGUGGUUAGAGAGUUCCACAGAAUGGUUACAGAAAAGACUGCUGAAUGUUUAUUUCAUAGUAUUAUAUGCAUUGUUAGGCGGGGGGGAGGGGCAGAGAGAGAGAACUGAUGGUGCUAUUUGGUUUAUUCAAACAUCAUUUGCCUUCAUGGUGCUGGGAUGGGAGGUCAGUAACUUUUCUAGAACAACCAAGCUGCCCAGCUUAUGCAAUUUAGGGAUUGGGAAGGUGGCAGUUGAUCAGCGAUCACUUAGUCAUUGGGUUUUUCUGUAAUACCUGGAAUGGGUUUCCAGAAAUGGUUGAAGUUUUGUUUGUCCAGUUUUAAAAGCAUUUCAUUCAGAAGCUUUUUAGGUUAGUUCAGUACUUUUAAAAGCUGAAUUUCAGAGCUGCUAACCUAUUUUGUUACUAGAUAGGUUGUUUAAAAGCUAGCAUUAAAUGAGGAGGUCAGGGGCAAUAUUCCAUUGCUGAGAGUAAGGGAGAGAGGGGGUUGUGUAGAUGAUGAUUUCCCUUUUGCCUGAUGCUACAGUUGAAUGUUCUGGCUGGCACAGUUUGCAAAAGUAUAUUUGCAUCUGAUGUGGAUUUGGAAGAAAAUGGAUGCAGCAAUAGUGUUGCAGUUCAGCACUAUUUUUCCUUAAUGUUUUAGGAGCUUCUUUAAAAGUUUAAAAAAUGGUUCAAAGAACGCAACUUUCUUAAAUGCCACUAAAUAUUUAGAGGUUCUUUAGGACAGUUUUAGCAGAUGGGAUUCUUCUAGUCCUACUUGACUAACAAUUAAAAGGUGCAAUUUUAUGCCAUUGUUGAAAAUACCGAUUUUAUAAUAUAAACAUGCAUUUUCAUUUUGAGGCAGUAGUUAUGCAGUAUUUAACCAGAAUAAUAUGCUGCCAGUAGAAUUAAUUCAAAGAUGGAUCUUCAGUUUACAAUGUAUACAUUUAAAAUACGCAUCCGUUUAAAUGAUGCUUUGUGUUAGCAUGCUGCAAAUCAAAAUGGCAUUUAAUAGAACAAAGCUGAUCUAGGGCUAUUUAAUGAAAAACCUAUUCAUAAAUGUUAUGCAUAUAAUGUGUAUGUUUUACUUUUUUUAAGUUGCUUCAUGUUUGCACACUGCUGUUGUACACAUGAUAAAAAAAAAUGGAAAUUUUAACUUCAUUCUCUAGCGUGGCUUUGUAAUUCAGACAACCUUCAUCCUUUUGGUUUUGUACCAGAUGAGAAUCAGUUCUUUGAAAAUAAAUUUUUUAUCUUUCUGAAACCUUAAAAGGUUAAAUUUGGAAUUUGAAACAAACAAGGUUUUAUGUGUCUGUAAAUGAUACACACGCUGUAACAUGAAAUUGUCACUGUUACGUGGGACUGUUAUUUCUAAAUGUUAUUGUAAUGAGCAUACAAUAAAAAGUAUCUCUUGCA